CGUUGUUGUUGGCUGGCAUAGCUUGAGAAAAGUUUGGGCAAACUACUGCAGCGGCUGCAAAACAAGUUUCAGUCAAGAUUUAUACACCAAACGCUGCGGAUACCACGCUUCAACAUCAACGCAUAAGGCGCACACACACACCAACAUAGUACACGCAUUGUUUGUUAAAGCAACCGAUUGUUUAAAAAAUAUCGCUUUCGAUCUGAAGUAGAAAUGAGAUUUCUUGAAAUUUCAAUAUUAAACAUCUUGACACUAAUCGCCUGCGUCUCACUAACAACAGCUGCGGUAAUUUGCAUUGAUGACUCACCGUUGGACAAAAGGCAAGCAUCAGACGGAGGAAAAGUCAAUGAACAGCAAAGGAAUGCAACAACUGCAGCCAGUGGCGAAGAUGAAACAGCCGCAGAGUUUGACGGUGUGCUAAAUAACCAAACCGAUUUAAGCGGCUCCUUCAAUGGCAGUCACCAUGGUCAGAGUCAAGUCACCCAGUUCUUACAGACCGUACAAGAUACCUUGGAGAAAGCCAAACCUUGGGUGGUUGAGCUUGAAAAGGAGGCUAAGCGCUUAGAGGAGACAGCCAAACGCUUCGGUGAGGGAGUUAUACGUGGCCUAGGUAGUUUUGUUGAUCGGCUGAUUGGUGGCGGUCAUGGCAGCAUUGUCGUGAAGCCAGCAAACUUUGGUGAAAUAUCAACUUCCAGUCCAGUGAAUGCUGUAAGUGCAGACGACAAAAGCCCUCCAUUCGACACCACAACCGCAACAGCUACUGUUGCCGAAGUAUUGCCUGACUUUGUGGCUGCAGGUGCGGCUGAUGCUGCUGUCGACGCUGCUGCUGCAGCUGCCAAUGACGCCGAAAAUGAAAUAUCUGGACAGCAAGACGAUAACGCACUUUGUCCCGACGGCUUUGUGGCCGAAGUAAAUGGCAUCUGUCUGCGCAUUCAUAAAUGAAAUGGGGAGCAUUGAGCGCAUUUUAAUUUUUAAAUUGAGAAUGCAGCACUCAUGAUAAAAUAAUUCGAAAUAUUUAUGCAAUUCAUUAUAUGUGUAUUUAUUAUUUAAGUACAAUAAAGUAAUUUAUCUUUAUUUAGUUUAAAUCAGAAA